UUUAUAUCACUGUGUAUGCCUCCAUCUUUUGGACUUUCAUGGACUCAUUCUGUUGCAACAGUUGAGAUCCUUCCAGAACUGUAAGCUUAUUUACAUUGUCAGACCCCUUGCCUUUCAUUGAUGUUGACUGUGCAUUGAACUAUUGUCAUUGUUUGAUGACCUCUUUUAUUUUUUAAUUUCAACCCAUAUAUGUUUGAAAAGUUCUAGACUUUUUCCAUGGGAUGUCUUCGUAUUUGCGGAGUCACCUUAUCCUGGUGUCAUGUUUUCUGUUGAUUGCCAUUACCAUCCUACAUGUGUCUUCAAACCAAAUCAUAUCUCAAAUGUAUUUAUACAUACUAUAUCUAGUUGACUCAAAGUGCUUUGGUGCCCUUGUCCUUGUGUUUGUCCUCACAUUUGCCUGGAGUUCACAUAAUAUUGUAAAUCCUCCUGGAUUUCACUUGUGCUUUAGCAUCUUUAUUACCUCCUUCGAUUUACCCCCCCCCCAAUUCAGUAAAGACAAAAUAAAUUUGAGUCUUUCCCAGUCUUCAUCGCAGUCUGUUCAUCUGAGUGGCAAAGCCUUUGUUCAUUGUACAAAAAAGUCAAUAUAUGUUCAUUUGUGCAACACUAAAGUUUUGAUUACACCUUCAACAUUUUUUACUCAGACAAUUCAUAACUGGGCUUACAGUGUGUUUGUAGAAAUAUAAACAUUACAAUACUUUGCAUUCUGCAGGAAAUCUGGCCUACUGCCAAUGGCCGUACCCUGGCUAGUAGACUGUCCCAACCCCCCUAAAUCUCAAGACACAGUUCGUCCACCACCCCGAAAACGGGUCGCACUUGAAAUUGAGACAACAGACUCAGAGAUCCUGGAUAGCACUGAUGUACUGGCCAGUGUCAGCAAUGACAACACAGUGGAAAAACUGAAAAGAAAAAUUGGCUGCUACAAAUCAAAGCUGUCAAGGCUAAAGAAAAAGACACCAUCUAUCAGCAAACAAACAUUAAAGAGGGAAAUUUCCAAAGUAUUGCCAAAACAAGCCGCACAAUUUGUCAACGAGCAAAUUGAUAAUGCCAAAAAAAAACCAAGGGCCAUUCGGUGGAGCAACUUCAUGAAAAGUUGGGCGUUACAGGUUAAGGGUACAGGGCCAAAAGCCUACCGAACCAUGAGGAGAAUUUUCAAGCUCCCUACAGCCAGGACCCUUUCAAAUAUCUUGCAGAGAGUAGACAUCGGGCCGGGAUGGCAUGAACCUGUGCUGUAUGCACUUAAACAUCAAGUGCAGCAUAUGGAAGAGCGAGAUAGGCACGUUGCCAUCACAUUUGAUGAAAUUACAUUGAAAUGUAGCCUAAAUUAUAACAUCUCGAAAGAUGAAGUAGAAGGGUAUGACGAAGGGGGAAGACCAGCCAACCAUGCAGGGGUUUUCAUGAUCCGUAGUCUAACUGGGAAAUGGAAACAACCCAUAGGGUACUUCUUGUCAUCUGGGACCAUGAAGCAUGGGGUCUUAAAAACCAAAAUCAUGGAGGCGGUGGAAAAGGUGCUUGACACUGGCUUCACUCCCAUGGUGCUGGUAAUGGACCAAGGCAGCAACAACCUGGCAGCCUGUAGAAACCUGGGUAUAACAGAAGAAAAACCGUACUUCUUUGUCAAAAGCCAGAAGAUUCAUUUUUUAUUCGACCCCCCCCAUUUAAUGAAAAACAUCAGAAACAAUUUGCGAAAAUAUGGAUUUUACAUAGGGGACAAAUUGGCAGAAUGGGGAGACAUCACUGAAAUGUUUAAAAUUGAUUCACAAAGACAACACCGAAUGGCACCCAAGUUAACCCAACGGCAUCUGUCCCUCACUGCCUUUUCAACAAUGAGUGUGCCUCUCGCCACUCAGGUUCUUAGUCAUUCUGUUGCGGCUGCACUGCUCACCAUGGCAGACAUGGGGAAGCUAAGAGAGGGGGCAAAAACAAACGACGGCAGAUUUUUGUAG